AUUACCGACCUCUCGAUCUCCCCGUUUCUUUCCAGGGCAAAAGCCCCUAAAUAUCUCAUCGUCUCCGUUUCCUUCGAGUCUUUCUUUCCCAUCUUCUCUUAUUUCUUCCCUCUGAUUAUCGGUUUCCUUCGCGAGAAGAAAGAAGACGAUGGCUCAAAGAACCGAGAAGGAGGAGACCGAUUUCAAGGUGCCAGAAACCAUGACGCUUUGCGUUAACAAUUGUGGGGUUAUAGGCAAUCCGGCCACCAACAACAUGUGUCAAAAUUGCUUCAACGCCACCACAACAACCGCCGCCGUUGCUGGUUCCAGUUCUCAGUCGUCGAGAUCCACGCCGUCCCGUUCGCCAAACAAGCGAUCCGAUUGUUCACCGCCUAGAACGGCAACGUUUUCGCGCGUCGCGGGUGCGAAACUGGUUGCUGGUACGGAGAAAAAGGUGGUGAACCGUUGCUCCGGAUGCAAGAAACGGGUCGGGUUGACCGGGUUUCGAUGCAGGUGCGGGGAGCUUUUCUGUGCGGAUCAUCGGUACUCGGAUCGACACGACUGCAGCUACGAUUACAAGACGGUGGGGCGCGAGUCCAUCGCCAGGGAAAAUCCAGUUGUUAAAUCGGCGAAGAUAAUCAAAGUCUGAAUCAUUUAUAUAUUGUAUCGAAAUCAAAAUUAAAUUAAACAUAUUUCUUCACCAUU